AUGCGGAAUUACAUUGUCCCCUACGUUCGGAACUGCCACACCUGUCAACGAAGCAAAUCCAACACGCAUGGAAAACUCGGCGUACUUCGACCUUUACCAAUUCCCAAACAACCAUGGCAAGAGGUAUUAAUGGACUUUGUUACUGGCCUACUGGAGAGCGAAAGAUGUGACACCUCCUGCCCUGUAAUACCACCGUCAACUCCGAAGAUGUCACCCAACUAUAUCUGCGAAAUCUAUGGAAGCUCUACGGGCUACCCACACAUGUCACCUCAGACCGCGAACAAUAUCUAUGUAGAUAUGUCUCUUAUCAACAGGGGCGAUUGGGUAAAAUGGCUUCCUAUGGCAGAAUUCUCCUCCAACAAUCAGGUCUCCGCAUCCACUAAAGCUACACCAUUCUUCACGAACUAUAGUUUCCACCCCCGGUUUACAUUGAUGAUCAAAUCGCUUGACAGGACCCCACCAAGCCUCAAUAUUAAAGACUUCGCCUUGAACAUGAAAGAACUCCAUGAACACCUACGUUCCAAUAUACACACGUCGCAAGACCCACAAGAGCAGGCCGUUAAUACCAAAUGA